CAAUGUUGCAAUGGGAGCCGCACAGGCUUCCACCGGGAACGAACCAAUUGGACCCGAAGGGGGGAGGGAGCAGGGGCAAUCUCCGAGAUGCCGGUGAGAGGAGGCGAUCGCUUGCUGAGUUCUGGCCCAGUGCUCUCAUCUUGGUUUGGGGCCCCAGGCAUGGAAGAGCUGAUAUGGGAACAGUUCACAGUGACCUUGCAAAAGGACUCAAAGCGAGGGUUUGGGAUUGCAGUUUCUGGUGGCAGAGAUAACCCUCAUUUUGAAAAUGGAGAAACAUCCAUAGUCGUCUCAGAUGUUCUUGCUGGUGGCCCAGCAGAUGGAUUACUUCAUGAGAAUGACAGAGUGGUUAUGGUUAAUGGUACGCCUAUGGAAAAUGUGCCCCAUUCAUUCGCUGUGCAGCAAUUGAGGAAAAGUGGGAAACUGGCUGUCAUUGUAGUAAAAAGACCAUGUAAAGUACAGGUUCCAGCUGUUAGAAGAAGCCCUUCUCUUGACUAUGAUUAUAGAGGCUUUGAAGUCAUGGAUAAUCGGCCAGAGUUUGAUGGCAGAAGCACUCGAAGUGGCUACAGUGAAAGGAGUUGGCGUAGUGGAAAUGGAGGCCGUAGCCAGAGCUGGGGAGACAGCCUUGAUACGGGCUAUAGAUUUGCCCAGGAUAGGGGGCGCAACCAAAGCAGAGAGCGUAGUUACAGCCGGGAUCGAAGUCGGGGCCGGAGCAUGGAUAGAGAGAGGAGCUUGGAUCGCGAGCUCCAGAGACCCCGGAGCAGAGGCAGGAGUGUUGAUAGAGAUGAUGCCUAUGACCGUGGCUAUGGUGGUAGGAGGACUCCACCAAGAGAUUAUGACUGGAGAUCACGUCCCGACCCCCCCUAUGAGAGGGAAGCAAAGAGCGGAAGCAGAGGCCGGCUUAACUCCCGCAGCCCUUCACUUGAAUUGCCACGUCAAUAUGAGUAUGGACCACAGCAGGACGCAAAUGGGCCAGUUAAUGUUCUCCUCACAAAAAACAGAUCAAAUGAAGAAUAUGGCCUUCGGCUUGGAAGUCAGAUUUUCAUCAAAGAAAUGACCAGUACUGGACUGGCAACAAAGGACGGUAAUUUGCACGAAGGGGACAUCAUUCUAAAAAUCAAUGGUACAGUGACAGAGAAUAUGUCCUUAUCUGAUGCCAGAAAACUGAUUGAGAAAUCAAGAGGAAAACUCCAACUAGUUGUUUUGAGGGACAAAAAACAAACCUUGAUCAACAUUCCUUCCAUGCAUGAUAGUGAUUCAGAAAUAGAAGAUAUUUCAGAAAUAGAAUCAAACCGGUCUUGCUCCCCUCAGGAUGACAGAAGACUGCAUCAUUCUGACUUAGAUUCUCAUUCUUCCAAUGAAAAGCUAAAGGAGAAACGAAGUGCAAAAGAAGAUUCAAGCAGUAGACUGUCCAAAAUGGGAGCGACGCCCACCCCUUUUAGAUCAACUGGUGACCUCACUGCUGCUUUAAAGCCAGAAGCAAACAGUGAACCGAAGUACCAAGAUGACCCUCCAGUUGCUCAACCAAAAGCAGUCCCAAGAACAUUUCUUCAGCCGAGUCCUGAAGACCUAGCAAUAUAUGGCCCUGGUACAAAGAUGGUGAAGUUCAAGAAAGGAGACAGUGUGGGUAUCCGACUGGCUGGUGGAAAUGAUGUAGGAAUAUUCGUUGCUGGAAUUCAAGAAGGCACCUCAGCAGAACAGGAAGGUCUACAAGAGGGAGAUCAGAUCCUUAAGGUCAACAGUCAAGACUUCAGAGGUAUCGUUCGAGAAGAUGCAGUUCUGUACCUAUUGGAAAUUCCCAAAGGUGACGUCGUAACAAUUCUGGCACAGAGCAAAUAUGAUGUUUACAGAGACAUAAUGGCCUGUGGCAGAGGGGACUCUUUCUUCAUAAGGACCCAUUUUGAAUGUGAGAAGGAAACGCCACAGAGCUUAGCAUUCACCAGAGGGGAGGUCUUCAGAGUGGUUGAUACAUUGUAUGACGGAAAAUUGGGGAACUGGCUGGCUGUAAGAAUCGAGAGUGAAUUGGAAAAGGGCCUGAUUCCCAAUAAGAGCAGGGCUGAACAGAUGGCCAGUGUUCAGAAUUCUCAGAGAGAUGGCUCCAGCGAUCGGGCAGACUUCUGGCGGAUGCGUGGCCAACGGUCUGGAAUGAAGAAGAAUUUAAAGAAGAGCCGUGAAGAUUUGACAGCAAUUGCAUCUGUUAGCACUAAAUUUCCAGCCUAUGAGCGAGUUAUGCUCCGGGAGGCUGGUUUUAGGAGGCCUGUGGUGAUAUUUGGCCCUAUUGCAGACAUAGCAAUGGAGAAGUUGUGCCAUGAGUUGCCUGAGCUAUAUCAAUCUGCCAAAACAGAACCUAAAGAUGCAGGCUCGGAGAAGUCCACUGGUGUAGUCCGCUUGAACACUGUGAGGCAAAUCAUUGAGCAGGAUAAACAUGCUUUGCUAGAUGUGACUCCCAAGGCCGUGGAUCUGUUAAACUACACCCAGUGGUUCCCAAUUGUAGUAUUUUUCAACCCAGACAGCAGACAGGGUGUGAAAAUCAUGAGGCAAAGGCUAAUGCCCACAUCCAACAAGAGCUCACGGAAGCUUUUUGAUCAAGCAAAUAAGUUGAAAAAGACUUGUUUGCAUCUUUUUACAGAUACCAUUGACCUAAAUUCAGCCAAUGAUGGUUGGUAUGGCAGUCUCAAAGAUACUAUUCAGCAACAACAGGGUGAAGCAGUGUGGGUUUCCGAAGGAAAGCUGGAAGGAAUGGACGAUGACAUUGAAGAUCGUAUGUCAUACUUAACAGCUAUGGGUGCUGAUUAUCUGAGCUGUGACAGCCGAUUGAUCAGUGACAUGGAAGACACUGAUGGAGAAGGUGGGGCGUAUACCGAUAAUGAACUUGAUGAGCCUUCCUAUGAGCCAAAAGUCUCUUCCAUUAGUCGGUCUUCCGAACCUGUGCAGCAUGAGGAGAGUUUAAGGAAAUCCAGCCCUGAACCAAGAACUCAAAUGAGAAGAGCUGGUAGCAGGGAAGUUCUGAGAGAUCCCAGUCCACCUCCAGCAUUCAAGCCUGAACCCCCAAAGGGUAAAUCGCAAAACAAAGAAGAUCCGUAUGAUGUCCCUAAAAAUUAUGAACCCAGAACAAACAGUCCUAACGCUACUAGCACUGAAAUUUCUGGAGUACCAGUUAAAGUAGCUCCUCCCCCUAUAGCCAUCAAACCUACUUUUGGGCGUCCUAUAUUGAAAUCUCAGCCAGCCAUUCCACCAACCGAAGUGGAGGAGAAAUCAGAAGAAGUUGUAGUGGAACAAGGGAACACCCCAAAAUCGGUGCUGGGGAAAGUUAAAAUAUUUGAGAAAAUGGACCACAAGGCAAGGCUUCAAAGAAUGCAAGAACUUCAAGAAGCCCAAAACGCCAGGGUGGAAAUAGCUCAGAAACACCCAGACAUUUAUGCUGUCCCAAUCAAACCACAGAAGCCAGAGCAAAGCUGGUCCCAGACGGCCAGUUCCAGACCUCCAGAGCCUCAGAAACCAGCUGCUAGAUCUUACUUAGAUAAACAAGGAAGUUAUGGCAGCGAUGCAGAGGAGGAAGACUAUCGAAGGCUACUCUCUGACCAGUCUAAACGUGGAUACUAUGCGCCAACAUCUAGAUACAGGGAUACAGAAUUAUAGAUUUAUUGGCAGUCCUAGAGCCAUUGUUCUAAGACACAAUUGCACAGCCAAAAUAGAACCCUGGCUUCCUUCAAGAGCUAUAUGUAUAUUUGGGGUUACUAAUGAACUCAAGAUGUAUCUACACACUGGAAUGGCAGAACUUAGCAUCAUAUAAGUAUUGGAGAGAAUGAAUCACUGUUGCCUGAACGCUGUUGCCUGUUUUACAAAAGGACCAAAAAUCUAUUUUAAAAGUUUGUAUUAAUUUCUGACAUCUAUGUAUUUUUAACUUUUCUUCAUUAAAAUUGCCUUUUUAACUAUUCUUUUAACUUUUGUGACAUGAUGGAAGCUUGAUUAAAAAAAACACCAGCGCUUUAGUGCAAGAAAAACAAAAUAAGUGCCUUUUUAACAAAAAGUGUCUUCGAUUGUUCUCUGAUAUCUGAUGCUUGUGCAAAGCCAUAAUGUUUAUGUAGCCUAACUUUUGUAUGUUUUAUGGCUACCAUUUUACCCUUGGAUGUUAUUUUUCUACUUUAAAUAGAACUGUAUACAUUUUUUCAUAAGCAAUAACUGUAUAUAUGAAAAGUUUGUUUGUAGGCUGGCUGCCAUUAUUGAGAAAAUUAUGUAGAAAUUAAAUGAGAUUAUUUGUGUCUUAAACUUUUACAUGAGUCAUGACAUAAUAAAGGGAUAUAUUCUACAAA